AUGGUCUUUGAUUUGACUACGGAACAGUGGGAACCCAACACCGUGCUGCGCAAGUUAUCAUCGUCCCCUCUGUUUCGUAGCCUCUUUCCUCUCUUCCAUCUUCUCACAAAAACCAGUUCCACGAAAGCAAAGAGCACAAAAUUGACGAAAUUCUCCGUCAUUUCCAUAUACAAAGGGGCCAGUGGUAAACUACAUUUUUUGGCAUUGGGCCUUCAGUGGCAUCUCCACUUUUUAACAACAAUGGCUGCUGCUAGUUCAUUGCUAUGGCCCCGUGAUUUGGGAAUUCAAAGUUUUCAUUUAUAUAACAACCAACCUAAGAGUGGGAUAGAAAAGAGUCAAUUACAUUCAUUUAGCAUUACUCUGUCAUCACGCUCUUCGCGACAGGGUGCUUGUUGUCUACAUCUUCUCAACAGUCUACGUGGGCCAGUAAGUCCUGUAUCUGCUAGAUGUAAUUCUUUAAUAUGUCGGUCAUUUCUAAAACCGGGUGGAGGAAAUGAGGUUCCUGUUCUUAAAGCUGCUGCUGCUGCAGUGCUAACGAGGUUUAGCUGUUUACACCCGCGUAUGUGA